AUGGGAAGCGACCCAUGGCGGACGGACGGAUGCCGAGGAGCCGAUGGCGGUCAUGGGUACCGCCAGGAGACGGGAGCUUAUCGCUCGCCGGAGGAAGGUUAUCGCCGUCGUGAAGACAGAAGUCGCCGGCGAGGCCUGGAGGAGCUCUUCUCGGGUCGCCAGGGCGAUCUUGAUGUGGAUGGAAAAGACGAGGUCGACUCGGCGAAUCGAGUGCGGGAGACGACGCGUGAUGGCGAGACCAAGGGCGAUGACGAAUCCCAAGAUCAAGGCGCAGGCGAGCAGCGCGUUAUGCCCGCUGAAGUUGAUGACGGCGAUCCCGCGCAGACGGGCGUGGUGGCGGAGCCAAGCACGGCGGAGACGCACGGAAAAGGCGGUACUUGA